ACUCACACACACAAUCGCAUCAAAAGUCUCUCUCUCUCUCUCUCUCCUCCUUUUUGUGUGUAUGUGUGGCGAAGAUUCCCUCUAUCUUAAUCUGCAGUGAACUCCUUCACCGCCUCUAUCAUCGCCACUUUGAAUUCCGUUAUAAUUCCCAUGAAUAAAGGGGAAAAGGACAUUUGAAGCUAUAAUUGAAUAGGUGCAAGUGAUGGGGGCUUCGAAUUCCCGGUUGGAGGAAGACAAGAGCCUGCAGCUCUGCCGCGCUAGGAAGAAGUUCAUCAAGCAAGCACUUAAUGGCAGGUGUUCUCUUGCAGCAGCUCACACUGCUUAUAUUGGGGAAUUGAAAAUCAUAGGAGCUGCUUUGAGGAGAUUUGUGGAACCUGAUCAUCUUCAAGUUGAAUCUUUAGUCUAUCCAUCAAUAACUGCUACUCCUCAGCUCCUUGCUUUGACUGACAAGUCUUUCCAUCGGUUAUCUUCCUUGUCUCCGUCUCAAUCACAAGAUGCCGAUGCAACAGAGAAUCUGUUGCCAUCCCCUUCACCUCGAGUCUCGAGCCAGUACCAGGCUCAUCUUAUGAAAUUUACAGGGACAGUUUCCAGCAAAAUUGAAGAAAAGCCUCCUGUUCCUGUUGUGGUAUCAGUUGAUUCAACGGAAGGACCUGAGUCUCCUUGGGAUUAUUUUGGCCUGUUCCACCAUGCGGACAAUGACUAUUCUGCUCAAGGAAAGAGAAUGUUUGAUCAGGGUUCCGAGGACUCUGAUGAGAUUAGGCAUCUUAGGAAAGAGGAAGGGAUUCCUGAUUUGGAGGAUGUACGUGUGAGUGUGUCCUCAGAGGAAACACAUGGAUCAGAAGAAGAAUUUGAUGAACCUCCUAUAGCUUCACUUGUUAGAAGUUUUAAAAAUGUCAACACCGGGGCAGAGGGUGUCAGCAAUGGUGAGUCAGCCAUUAGUACAGAAUCAGAAACCACACAUCAUAUGAACGGAAGGAAAGCUGAUGCUGUAAAUGGUAGUUCAGCCGAAAGGCAUCCUGAAGCUGUAGUAUCGGAAACCAAUCCUGCAAAUGGGAGAAAAAAUAACUCUCCUGGUCUAUCGCUUCACAGAAAUGAUAAGGAAGCUAGAGCUGAUGGCAGAGGUGCACUUGAAGACAAAGUUGUGCCUAAGGACUUCUAUUCUAGCAUCAGUGACAUUGAACAGCUCUUUGUUAAAGCAUCUGAAUCUGGAAAAGAAGUUCCACGGAUGCUUGAAGCAAAUAAACUCCAUUUCCGUCCAGUUUUGACUGGGAGAGAACGUAGGUUAGCAGCUACAUCACUACUAAAGUCUUGUUUCUCUUGUGGGAAAGAUCCAAGUGAGGUUCAACAAGAGCCUUCUCAAAAUUCAGUCAAGUACUUAACAUGGCCCCGGUCAGCAUCAUUUCGUUCUCUAUCAUCUCGAAAUCUUGUAGCUACAAACUCCAAUGGUGAUAUUGCUGAUCCUAAUAACAGUCUAUUCGACAACUUCUGCAUGGUGUCUGGAAGCCAUGCCUCAACCUUAGAUAGGCUUUACGCAUGGGAGAAGAAACUCUAUGACGAAGUGAAGGCUAGUGAGGCACUUCAAAGUAGUUUUGAACAGAAAUGCAAGCUUCUUCGACAGAGAGAAUCACGCGGAGAGAAUACUGAAAAAACUCGUGCAGCAGCCAAAGAUCUACAUUCAAGAAUUACAGUGGCUAUUCACAGAAUCAAUGCAAUCUCACAGAAAAUAGAAGUUAUUAGAGAUACCGAACUUCAGCCACAGCUCGAGGAGUUAAUUGAGGAGUUACGGAAGAUGUGGGAAACAAUGAUGGAUUGCCACAAGCUGCAGGAGCUCAUCAUAUCGAAAUCUCAUGCCCCCGGAAGCACAAAAUUGAAAAUGCAGUCAGAUUCACAAAGACAAAUCAUCAUCCAGCUCGGGUACAGACUCAGCUCUCUAUCAUCCAGCUUCACGAAAUGGAUCAGCGCCCAGAAAAUCUACGUGGAAGCCAUCGACAAGUGGCUCUUCAAGUGCGUCUCAGUGCCACAGAAGAAACCUUCCAAGAGGAACAGAAGGAUGAGGCCACCAUCCAUGAGACACUGUGGUCCGCCUAUAUACAUGCUAUGCGGUGCCUGGCUGGAAAUGAUCGACACCCUGCCUUCGAAAGGUGUUGCUGAUUCUAUCAAGGAACUGGCUGCGGAAGUUGCUCAGUUUCUGCCUCGUCAAGAGAAGAAGCAGGCCAGAGCCAACAGAAAUGAGGCUGCAAUGGAUACGUUGAGAGAUCUCGACUUUGCUGUGCCUCGUCUGGACCGUGUUAGGACGAGCUUGGAAGGUUUUCUUGUGAAACUAAACAGCUUUGCAGAAUGUUCGCUGAGGAUGUUUACUGAAUUGCAGAAGGCCACCCAAGAUGCCAAGAUGAACUAUGAACAGUUUUUGUUGCAACGAUCACAGUCUCAGGUUAUGGUCUGAAUUAGAAUGCAUGUUGUAUUAUUAUUAUUUAAACAAAAAUAAAGUGUGUUCAAAUUUUGGUAACUUUGAAAUUUGAAUAUUAAAUCACGAAUUUUUAAUUUUUCUCAAUUGUCUCAUCAUGUACAAAUGUCAAAUUUAAAUGAUGUUCAAAACGGCUUGUAUUAUUAAAAUAAAUUUCUUAAUUUUCUUA